AUUUAUUGGGUCAAAAUUACAACCAUUCUGCGCGAGGUAACAGCCGUGCCUGUUUCUUGGAGUGCCAUAGAUAUAAUCGUGCAAACCAUCUGUGCAAUUUAGAACUUGGUUUAUAAAACUAACUAUAAGCUAAGUGCGACGUCGUGCACUGUUCAUCAAAAUGGAGUCAAUUUUGCUCUGACCUUUAGGGCCAGACUACGGAAAGCGCUACCCACAUAUAUCAAGUUUCGUCAAAGCCAUAGCGUUUCCGAUUUCGUUUGGGAAAGCAAAACCAAAGGAACCAAGAUAUCAACAAGAUCUGAGCAGCGUAAAACUAUCCAGAAAAACGUGCGAAUGAUAUCUAAUCAAUAACUGGUAGAAGCUGUAUUUCUUGAAGAAUGGUUUCGUGUAUCGUAAGAUAGCAAGAAGAACCAGCUAAAACCAGAGAAAUACAAAAACAAUGUUUUUCAUUCAAACAGGAUUGCUUACAGUCUGCGUAUCUUUAGUGAUUUCGUUAUCGUACGGCUUGAAUACACCCACUUUUCUCGCGUCACGCUACCGGCGACAAAUCCGUGGGAGUGUUCCCAUAGGGAGCUCAAUCAGUAUCGUGUGUCCCAAGAUGGGAUCCUCUGUUCCCAUAAGCCUGUGGCAAAUGCUACCGGGUAAUUUCAUGCGGAGACUGAUACCGGAUGGUGAGACUGUUGAGAAGUAUGACAAUCAGUUCACCUUACACAGGAUCUCCAGGCAGUAUGCAGGGUUCUACUUGUGCCGUUAUGGUUCGAACGGUAGACUGAGGAACCAGUUCUUGGGAAAUGUGAGAGUUGAUACAGCGCCGAAAGACCCUCCAUUUCCCAAGGUACCCUCAACAUUGUUUGCGUCGCAAGGUGACUCCUCAAAACUAAAUUGCACUGUUACGGGAAAGGACAUCAGUAGCGUUUAUUGGUUUAAAGGCGGUUUUGCUAUUGACGCCGGAAGGCAAACUACGGAGUCGCAAGUAGAUCAAAAUGGAACAACCACUUUGACAACCACGCUACAGCUACAAAACAUGAAGAAAGCUGACCACGGCAAAUACGAAUGUCGGGUCUUGACAAAAGGAAGAGUGUAUACCUCGGGGUUCUGGCCUGGGGCCACUAUGGUUGUCGUUAUAGAGUCUUACUGCAAAAGUCCUGAUGGGAUGUUUGCUGAUCCGUACAACGAAGCAGGAUACAUUCAUUGCGUUAGUGGUGUCGGCAAAAGAGUAAACUGUGGCGAUGGUCUGGUGUGGGAGAAAAAAUCAUGUCAAAAGCCAGCUGUCAAACGCGCCUGGAUCAAGCCUCCCCCUAUCCCUGUUCCCUUGGUGAAAAAAUCCGCCGGCGAAUCCUUGAUUAUCAACUGCAGCCUAUCUUAUCCAAAUGAAGAAGUUGCCCUGUUCCAGAAAACACGCGAAACUGUCCGCAGAUGGCCGGACGGCUGUAAGGUUACUUUUGACCGGCAAGUGUUCACCAUCCACGCCCUUUCACGUCUUGACGUGGGGAGAUACUUUUGCGCAGCGCGCAACAUCACGGCUAAAGAGGAGGUCUUUCUCAACAUGGAAGAUCUCGAUUAUGGGAUAAUAUUCGGUACAGGAGCAAACUUCCUGAUCGUCCCGCUUGGAAGCUCUAUCGACCUGCACUGCAAGGCUGCUAACGUUCCGCAAGCCAAGACUGGACUAGAGCUUGUCACAUCUUACCAGACGACUGAGGUGGUUCCCGAUGGAAAUGAGGUGACAAAGAAAGGCUCCAUAUACUCGCUAAGAGGCGUCAGUCGCAAAUUGUCUGGUGAUGUGUUGUGUAAGACUGUGUCCAAGUGUGGAGGUCAGAAGACUGGGUACAAGAUAGGCACGCUCGUGACCGUCCACCUAUCAGAGAAGAAGACGCCGGUUCCUGUCGUCACGCCUUCGUUUAUUGAGAACGGUGGACUGACUUCCAACUCGUUUAACUGUUCAGUGCAGAUCCCAAAAGCUAAUUCGUUUUCGUGGUUCCUAAACGAGGUCAAAGUUAAUGAAUCACAUCACGCAAUUCAGAGCUCUGAUAUGCACAGCGUGUUAACACUCAAUGGGCUUAGUGAACUGGGUCUCUAUCGCAUUGAAUGCCGGGUAACAAACCGCUGGUCGGGGUACUGGUACGCGCAGGCUCGUCUCAAAAUUGUAGAUUUAAGUGUAAGUCUCCCCGCGAAACCCAAGAAGUUAAUCCCAUGGAACGGUGAACCAAAGGUCCCAUGUAGCGCCCAGACCCCGGCGCUGUAUCAAGUGCAAAUCGGUCAUGUGACACCUCGAGCAACAGACGGGUUUAAAAUCACGUGGGAUGGCAGUGCGUUUGUCAUUCUGCAGUUUGGCCCAAAAGACGCGGGAGAAUAUUACUGUACACCUGAUAUCAGUGGGACACCUUAUGUCGCGAGCUUUGUUCUAGAUACCAUGAGACCUGGCAUAUUGCAGAUCUCGCCCUCUCGCAAGACGCUUGAAUACCAGGGCGGAGUCAACUUGGUUUGUAGUUACGGCUCAGUGAAUCCUACUAGCCUCACCUUCACUUGGACACAGACGGACCAUACCGGACACACCCGGACAGUCAGUAACGACAGAGUACAGCAAAGCAUUGACGGCAAUAUUAUAGAAACAGUACUUAAAAUAAGAGACGCGACCACAAGUGAUGCUGGGAACUACACGUGCACGCUAGAGGGGCCUGGACCUAGUGCGCUCGACAAUGCCACAGCUGUUGUCGACGUUAAAGACCUCUCCCAUCCACUUAUCGCCAUGUCCACGCCAACUAAACUUACCGUAAACGAGACCAGCUCCUUCGAGCUCACAUGUGUCGUCACAGCAUCUCCAGGGCCAACAGUCACUUGGACCAAGAGCGCCGAGGUACUAGGAGCUUGCGGGCCAUUCAUUGGCUCUGUUCUCUGCUCAUCCCAGGAUCCCAAGCGGUACAGUGUCUCCCAUAGCAACGGCAGAUACACUCUGCGUGUGACGUCGUCAGUAUACCCAGACGAUGCAGGAAAAUUCAUUUGCAGAGCGGAGAAUGCUGAGGGAUUCAGUACCAAAUCUGUAAUCGUGAAUGUCCAUGCAAAACCCAUAAUAGAAAAGAAGGAAGACACGAGAGUUAUCGUAGCCAAGCCGUCCGAGUUUGUCCGAAUGGCGUGUCCGAUAAAGAGUAGUAACCCGCCUCCCAUGAUCCAAUGGUGGCAUGCAUCGGGGUACAAGUGUUCCUCAGACGAUCACGACUGCGGACCACGUGACCAGGACUAUCAUGCUAUUAAUCAGCCCGUGUCACCCGGCGAUCAGGUGGUUUCACCGGCGACCAAUGAGACGACGUUUUACAAGUGCGUGGCGUGGAAUCACCUGGGUAGUGACACAUUGGCCUUCUCCAUCGUACGGCUAGACACAAAACCGCCCAAGAUCAUGAACUUCACCUCCAAGCAAGUGGUCAGGGGUGCAUCCCGCCUCGUGAUUCAUUGCCACGUGUCCGGUAUUCCGACCCCGGACGUCCGGUGGGUCAGAGGUGACCGGGAGCUUGCCAAGUGCACGGGUGACGCCCGUAGCCGUGAUAGCCGGUGUUAUAGUGCGACACCCGAUGCGCAGCGCUUUAAUCUUGACUACGAGGAGUUGCACGCAACACUCACAAUCAAGAGCGCCUCUCAUUACCAUGAUGGAGGUGGACUGACUUGCCAGGCUAUCAGCCAGUUGGGACACGACGCGGCGACUGUGGACAUUAUAGUGCACGAGACUCCCAAACUUGCUAAGCAAGGCGAAAUAGCCUCCUACCAGAUUCCUUAUACAGAGACCAUCUCCCUUGAGAUCCGCGCGCUCAGUGGAAACCCAGCACCACGCUACAGCUGGUACAUGCAGUCGACCAGUCACUGUCGGGGAUUCGGACUUUGUAAACCCCUACCGAGCAAAUGGCGAAGAUCUCGUCGAGGAGUCUCGCCACCACCCGACGAGCCAUCGACGAUAAGUCGGAAAACACUCGAGUCUAAUAAUUUUAACUAUUUUUUUAAAGUCGUGGCGGAGAAUCUGAUUGGCUCGGAUGAGCAAGUUUUCUCGGUUAUCAGAACAGCUGACAGAAUGGACAAGCCCAAAAUAACACCAAGCAAUAAGGUCACUCUGGACGAGGGGUCCACCCUAACCCUUGAAUGCAAAGCAAACAUCGACGACUUCCUAGACAUAGGAUGGGAGCGCAAGGACCAGCGGACGUUGCCUAGCAACAGGACUGUGCUUGACGUUGAGGACGAUGAUGGGUAUUUCAUCAUCAAGCGUUUGUCUAUUGUCGAUAUGUUGCCUAGCGACGCUGGCGUGUACACAUGUCAAGGAUGGACGUAUAAUAGUUCGGCACCGUCUGAUGUAGAGGUCAAGGUUAAUGAAUUUGUCUCUCCGCAAGUCUCUCUCGCCAAUCUCUCAGUCAUCAGCAGCCAGAAACAAGUCGAGCUCAAGUGCCAAAUACUCGCCGGCUACCCUACCCCACAGGUGUCUUGGUACAAGGACGGCACCCCCCUGACCCCGAAGCCUCUCGGCCCUCGCCGUAACUGCACGUCAUUUCCGACUGGGGUAUAUUACUACGACGAGUACGCGCCACCUUAUACCAGAGUAUUAGUGCUGUGUAACCCGCGCUUUCUGCAAAGUACAGGUUGGUAUACCUGUGGUGCUGAGAACGUGAGGAACCGGACUCGAGAUACCAAGUAUCUGAAUGUUUUCGAAUCACCGACCGUUACAAUUGACCCUAAUCAUGACAUCAUCAUAAACAUCGGUGAGAGCCUUGAACUGAGAUGCUUUGCCACAGGCAACCCAACACCGGAAGUGAUAUGGCUUCAUGAACUCGAGAAUGGAGAAGUAGUUCCGGUUGAUCCGGGUCACGUGUUCUCUGUAGAAGGGAGCCUUGUCGUCAUUAAACCCCGAAUAGAGGAGAAUGAUUAUGGGCCGUACACUUGUCAUGCAUCAAAUCGCCAUGGCAACACUACUAAGUCCGCAUUAGUACUAUCCGGGACCACACUGGCGAAGAAAAAGGUCCCGGAUAAGCCGCAUCUCAUCAUUCUCAUCCUGAUUAGCAUCACACUUAUACUAUUCCUGGUCGUGUUUGCGGUCAUCCUGUGGCGGCGACAUCGGAUGUAUGGGGGGUUCUACCUUUGCACUACCCCACCCCUCCCCGACCUCAUCAAGAGUCUGGAUCCCAGCACUCCCCUGAUAGAGCAAGUUCACAAGCUGCCUUACGAUCCCUUGUGGGAGUACCCGCGGGAGAGCAUUCACAUAAAAUACUUGCUUGGUUCGGGUGCUUUCGGCCAGGUCUACCUCGGCGAGACCGAGGGCGGAAUUGUGAUAGACACCUCUUCGUCCGUAAGCUCGCGUCACAGACUCGCCAAGCGGAAGGACUACCGUCGCCCUUCCGCUAUCUCCAUGAGAGGAAACAUCAAAGUAGCUAUUAAAACACUGAAGGGAGGUGCAACGGAAAGUGAACAGAAGGACCUGUUAUCUGAGCUCAAGAUACUGAUCCAUGUGGGAUCGCACAAGAACAUCGUCAACCUCCUUGGCGCUUGCACCAAAGGCCCUCAGCGUGACUUAUGGAUCAUCUUAGAGUUCUGUGCUAAUGGCGACUUGUUGAGUUAUCUGAAGAAGAAAAGGGAUAUUUAUGAUCCCGCUUGGUGCGCUCCCUCUGAGGACCACGAUGUGCAGUUCACGCAGAUGGAGCUCGUCAGUGCGGCCUACCAGGUCGCGAGGGGAAUGGAAUUCUUGGCCUCAAGACGGUGUAUCCACAGGGAUCUCGCAGCUCGAAAUGUGCUGAUAGCGGACGACUAUGUCCUUAAAGUGGCCGAUUUUGGACUCGCCCGUGACGUGUACAAAAACGAAGAAUACGUCAAGCAUACACCGGGCUUGGUGCCGAUAAAGUGGAUCGCAAUCGAGUCCUUGACGGACAAGAUUUAUUCACAGAAAAGCGACGUGUGGUCGUAUGGAGUUCUUCUAUGGGAGAUCUUCACACUAGGAGGAAACCCAUACCCAGACCUCCAUCCGAGCGAUGUGUUUGAGUAUCUCUUGGAUGGUAAACGCAUGGAGAAACCAGUGGACUGCGCCCAGGAAAUAUACAACAUCAUGACGGAUUGCUGGGUGCUGAGUCCUGAGGACAGACCGACUUUUACUGAACUGGUAAAGAAACUUGACAAGAUGAUCGAGUCCAACAUGCCGGCUAUGGGGAGAGAAGCUUACUUAGACCUGGACAACAUCAACGAGAAUGUUCCAGACCUCAAGGGUAUCGACGGUUAUCUCGAACCCGCUGAUGUCAUCAGGACAAAUUCCCCGGAUGACAGUGAACCGGAACCGGAAGACUACUCACAAGAAGAUUGCCCGGAUAUACCGCUGAACUUUAUGAACGGCUCAGUUGACGGAAGAAAGUCAUGUGGCAUAGACGAUGUCGCAGUAGAAACGAGGUAUAUGAACAUUCCGGACGAUCUAGAGAAUUCUAGAACGUCGCGUCUGUAGCGGCUCACAGUUUUCGAUGGUUUAUUUAGGAUUAUGUAAUCACCUAUUUCAAAUAAGGUUACACUCGGGUAAUCUGUGUUCAUCGGUAUCAAGUAAACAAGCAAAUAUUAAAGCGUAAAUAAAAUACAAAUCCAGUUUGUUUGCAUUCUUAUGGACAUUCACAUAGCUUUCAGAUACAAGGAUUAAGCAAUUUAUACGCUACCCAUUAACCACCGCUGGUUACGACACAUGGGUUCUCGAGUGUAACCUUAUUUUAAAUAGGUGUAAGUAAGACAGGCGUCAGAAGAUACUGAUAAAGAGGUUUUCUAGUCAUAUCGGCCAUAGCCUUCGUAGGUAGCGCAAACAAGUGUAGGGAUAAGGUGUUUGUGUGCGAGGACCAAUGACGGUUGUCUUUCUUCACCGGGUCUCGCACUACCUCCCUCCCUAGCCCCUUGCGCUUGUUACGCAGGAAAUAUUGAGAUAAUAAGCUCAUAUUAAUGCUUAUGUUGAUACAAACGUACAUAUCAGAUUUAGCAUCCGUGAUAAAGAUGGUGUUACGGAAAUACGAAUAUAGGUAUAUGGGUAAGUUUAAAUUUGGGUCCGCACCUGCACAAUCAUAUAGGGUGAUAAAUAUAGACAACCUCAACAUAUUAGCUCCAUUAAGCUACAUUACCCAUUUGGUAUUAUAUCACUCUGCUCCUGAGAAAAUGCCUUUGUACUUUGUAAUAUUUGUUUGUCGAGGGUAGCAUAUUUAACCGAAUAUUCAGUUUUCUAACAUAUGGCCCUCGGUUAGUAAGCACUGUCACUGGGGGUGGUCACUGCCAGAGGGUUUAUUGCGUCCCCAGCGGUUCUUUUACGUCCCUUAGGUUCAGGUGUAGUGUAGUGCAGCUUGAAAAGACGGGACCUCCGCUUUAGGGUCCUUAUCCGAGAAGACUGGAAACACGGGAUAAUAACUUCAACUCACUUGUGACAAAUUCGAUUCAAGGCAGGAACCCGGAAAAAUCUCCCUACAUAGGAGACGACCAAAGCAGGUAACAUCAUUAUACAAGCGCGAAGCAUUAAUGUGAUCUGUCUUACACUGUACCAACCCUCAAAUUAUUGGGGUGGAAGGGAGGGGGGGCACGAUACAGAAACUUGCGAGGGGAGGGGGGGCACAGCCACGCCCCUACUGGUCAGUUCCUUAUAAUGUUUAAAAAUAUUUGGGGAAGGAGGCCCGUGCCCCCUGCUAGUGCUUUGUCACACGUAAGGUUUUAUUUAGCAACAUGUCUACACUUGAAUUAUUUCGCCUCGAAAUGUUUUAAGAGAAGAAGCGCGUUCUUUUUUUGGGCGACUUUGAGAAAAGAAAAAAAAGCUGCAAAAGUACAUAACUUUAUUGCAUAAUGAAUAAGAAAAGCACUAGGUAGAGAUUUAUUUAUUUUAGAAAUGAAUUCAUUUAACAGGGCGUAAACGAAAAUGAAUACAAAUAAUUCCCGAUAGCUCGAACCUCCUAUUGAAAUCUAAUUACUUCGAGUUAUCCUGAGAUUGGCAGAUCAGAGAAUUAUAUAUUUUGCUGUAAAUGCCAAAUGUGUACUAAGUACCAUGGAUUCUCGGCUGCUCCUUUAUGCUUUUUUUCUUCCCUUCUCUUCGCUAAAAAAAAAGAUUCUGGUAGUCUGGUUUCCAUAGCCUCCUCCGCAGGCAUCGCUUUGCCCAGAAAGCAGCAGAAAAGAAACAAAGGCGCUCGGGAUUCCUGUGGUGAUGCGUCGAGCGGGUCUCUCCUCUUUUUACGCUUUUGGCAUUGUCCCCUACCCCCUUCACAAAGGAAUUUGUCGACCACAGGAGUCCCGAGUCUCGGUUUCUGACGUUGAGAGACGCCUGCGGAGGAGGCUAUGGUUUCCAUAGGUUGGUACAAAAAUUUCUGAUCAAUUAGGAGAUAAUAAGGCCCUUUAAGUCACACAUUAAUCCGUUAUAUUGUUAUUGUAAAAAAAGGUUGCAGUGAAAUGGAGGUGUGUUUUACACAGGUCAACUGUUAUAUCUACGAAACUGUAAAUUGUACAAUAUAUCCUAGAAGCUCUACUUGUUAAUACAUACACACGUUACGCAUGUGGAAAAGGAUAUCCUGCACGACAUCAAACUCAAAGUGCCCUCUCUUAUAAAUGCUUUUAUAACAUUUUUACAACCUUCUUAUAGGGAUACUUAUAACCUAUAUUGCAAUUGUGAAAAAUGGGGAAAAGUAAACACAACCUAUUACAUUCAUGUAUUGAGUACUAUUGUGAUACAUUAACAUGGGCCACGGAGCACCUCAAAAACUGUGUUUGUUGGGGAGGGGGCGGGAGUGUAUGUUGAAGGAGGGGUUGUGUGUUCGGGUGGGACACAAACUCCUGAAACGGGCCCAAGAUAACCAUAGCUGUAAACUUGAAGACGGCAAAAAGUAGAGGGGCUUUUCUUAUUACAACGUCACACAUGUUUGACUAUUGUCUGAAAUAUGAGAGAUGGAAGAUGGAGGGGACAGGGAAUUAGAAUUAACACACGCUCGAGACAAUCAGAGAGACCGCACCAAAAAAAGUUGCAUUUAAAACAUAUUUUGAAUUUGAUGAUAAAUACUUUUAUCGUACAAUCACAGAAUUGGUCAUCUAAGUAGAGCAGAUUUAGAUUUCAUGCACUUGUUUCAGUUCUGUUCAAUCCUGUGCGUGACUUUAUUUUACAAACAGUGGUAUAAUCGUGGAUACAACCAGCCAUGUGUUUAAGACUGCACGGGACGAGUGCGCUGAAAGGCAAAUGAAAUAACAUUAAGGACCGAUCAUUUGAUAUCUGAUUGCAUGGAAGAAACACCAAUCAGCAAAGUCAGAUAUUAAAUGGUCGGUCCCUUAACUGUGUUAUCUCUAUAAUGUUAGAUUGUAUGGCUAGAUGGUUGUUGAGUAAAUCGCGGCCCAGAAAACUCAUAACGCAGCCCCUUUAAUAAAACGUAUUUACGUGAAAAAA